AUGCCUUUCAACCACGUUGCCCUCUCCGUCGGCGAACACUACGCCGAGAUGCGCGACUUCUACAAAGCCGUCCUCGCUCCUCUUGGCUAUGAACUCAAGUUUGAAGGCACAGGUGCCAAGGGAGCUCAGUACUGCGGAUUCGGCGUCAAGAACGGCGGUCCGGACUUUUGGCUUGGUGGCGGUGGCCCUGCGUUGAAGAAAUAUGACGGCAAUCUUGAGAACAGAACUGCGCCGGUUCAUGUCGCUUUUGAUGGUGACAAUCAGAAGCAUGUCGACGAGUGGUAUGAUGUGGCCAUUAAGGCUGGAGCUGUCGAUAAUGGAAAACCUGGGCUGAGGGAGUAUAGACCUGGAUACUAUGCGGCGUUUGUUCUUGAUCCUGUUGGGAACAACAUUGAGGUUCUUCACCUGUCUUAA